AUGGUGUCGACAAGGUCUUCCCCCCAUUGGGAACGGAACGAAACGCGACUUCUUCUCCUUGAUGGCGAAAGUCUGCAGGGGCAGUUGCUCUCAGGGCUCUCACUGCUGGCUCUGACCAGCGACAGCAACGCACCCCACACGGCAGUGCCCUCUGGGCCGUUGCGGCUGCGUCUCGUGAUGUGUUUUAUGGAGGUGGCGUCGAAGUAUCCGGCACUGGGCACACUUCUGCUGGAGUGCCCGCGGCGUCUGGACGAUAUAUUGGGGGAAGAGUUGAUGCAUUGGCUCCGCGAAGAAAGCGCAUUGUUUUUGUCGUCUUCAAGCAAAUUUCACAUUCCACCACGGGGGCUUUGCCAUCAUGUUUGUGCAGAGAGUCCAUCGCCGAUGAACGUUGCUUCAGAUGCCGGCCGUGAAUGUUCCAUAUGUGCGUGGACUGCACAAUGGCCAUGUGAUUUUUGGGAGGCGGUAGAAAAAGGAACCGUGAAUAUAAAUGUUUACUGCGCACUGAACGCAUUUCCCAGUUGUCUCAUACCCCACCUGAAGCGCUCGCCUUUUCAACUACCGAGUGACGCAUCAAUAGGAGCAGAGCAGUGGAUUCAUGUUAUCGGCCAGAUUACAGGUGUGUUUUUCCUCAACCGGGAAUCCUCGGAUCCAGCGCCCAUGCUGGAAUUUCAACCGUUGCUUUACAACCACAAUGGCGUGGUCGGCCAACUACCGCUUUGGCUGGAUCUUUCGCUUCUACCGCCCACUGAGCUGCGUGCUGUAGCCGUUGUUGGGGAACGCAUUCAAGUAUUGGGUCUGCUAGAAGUGGCGUGUGGUCAGAUGGGCACGGCGCUGUACUCUAGGCGUCGCUGUACAUUCGCUGCUGCCUCCUCCUCCUCUUCCUCCAUUGCGUCGGCUGGACAACUUGUGAUCGAAGCCCGUGCUGUUCGUACCGCCAAUUUUGCUUCACCCUGGUUGCAGGAUACAUUUAUGACAACAGCAGCUUCUGCAACCUAUCCUUCCUUUUCGCUAGAAGUUGAGAGUAUCUUUGCAGUGAAGCACGAGUGGGAAGCGGCGGCUUUUCUUCAGGCACGAUGCAGCUGGGAAAGCGUAGCAGGGGCAGCUGCCUUUGCCUUGGCUAGAGGGUCUGGUGGAGUUUCACACGAAAGAGAACCGAACGGUUCAUGUCGAGUUGAAGCACUCUUGGCAGCUUCAAGAGUAUUUGCCUUGCCUACAGCGCUGUGGGCAGCUGUGAGCAUUGUUUUCACAUCCGCAACGGUACAGGUUGACUCCAUUGCAGCCUCCGUGGUGGGACCAUCCGAUAGUAUUUUCGUCCUGCAGACGUUUUUGUUGGCAUUGGCUUCAGAAACAAAUAUAGUGAUGCCUCUCAUUCACGGUAACGAGGGUGCACUUCUCCCAACAUAUACCAGAAUAGCCACGUCGCAGGUGAGCAUCCCUGUCACUGUUGAGGUUGGACGCCACAUCGAGUGUGUACGUGGGGGACUGCUCAAUAUGGCUUCCCAACGGGUCCUUUUUGCACCCUCGUUACAUGCUAUUACUGUUUCAGCCUUGCAUGCGAUACAAGGCAUUAUUAAACAACACAAGCAUGUUGUGGUGCGUGAAGGGGGUCAGCGCGUGGGAUGUCGAGCUGCUGUGGCGUUUAUUGGAAUGACGCAGGAAUCGAUGCUGGUGCAGGAUCGUCAACUUUUUUUUUUAUGGAGCGGGGCGACGUCGUCAUUCAUCUACCCUCAACCUCCCCCACCGGCCCCGUAG